AUUCUCGUUCUGACUUCAAUCACAAAUCCUUAUCAAGUGAAUUUCAUUGUGUAUGAAGUAAUUAUUUCUCAAAUUUAAAAACGUGGAAGACUUCGUUCUUUCUUAAAAACUGAAAAUACAGUUUACGGAAGUUCACUUUAUUAAAUUUCAUCCAGCAAAAUGGCCGAAGAUCUCGAUGUAGAAGCAAUGCUGGAAGCACCUUUCAGAAAAGACGAUGAAGUCAAUGGGAAACCUAAAGAAAAUGGAGAUACUUCAAAACGGAGAUAUUCUGACAAGAAACGGCGCAGCGGCAGCCGGUCGCGCCGCAGUCGCAGCAGGUCGCGCCGCCGCAGCCCGAGCAAGUCGCGCCGCAGCCCGAGCCGGUCGCGCAGGAGCAGGUCGCGCGACAAGCGGCGGCCGAGCAGAGAGCGCAAGCGCAGUCGGUCGCCGAAGGUGCGCUCGAGGGACAGGAGGCGGUCACGGUCGAAGGACGUGAGGCGGUCCAAGUCGAGGGACAGGCGGUCCAAGUCGAAGGACAGGCGGUCGAGGUCCAGAGACAGGAAGAGGCGUGAUAGGAAGAGCAGGAGCAGAGAUCGUAAGAGUCCUAUCAUCAAAAAGAAGUCCCCCUCCCCCGCAAAACCCCCAUUUUUGAAACUAGGACGGUCGCCACCUCGUGGUAUCCGUAGUGGCUCCCCUCUAGAGGAGCUCAGCCCCGAGGAAAGAGAUGCCAGGACGGUGUUCGUGAUGCAGCUAUCGCAGAGGAUACGGGCCAGAGACUUGGAAGACUUCUUCAGCUCCGUGGGAAAGGUCAGAGAUGUCAGAAUGAUAGUGUGUAACAAGACGAGGCGGUUCAAGGGGAUCGCGUAUAUAGAGUUCAAGGAUCCGGAAAGUGUUGCAUUGGCCUUGGGCUUGUCGGGCCAAAAGCUGCUGGGCAUCCCGAUCAUCGUGCAGCACACGCAAGCGGAGAAGAACCGCAUGGGCAACUCGAUGCCCAACAUGCUGCCCAAGGGUAUGACGGGGCCGAUGCGGCUGUACGUCGGCUCGCUGCACUUCAACAUCACCGAGGAGAUGCUUAGAGGCAUCUUCGAGCCGUUCGGCAAGAUCGACAGCAUCCAGCUGAUACAAGAUCCGGAGACCGCUCGGUCGAAAGGAUACGGGUUCAUAACGUACCACAGCUGCGACGACGCGAAAAAAGCCCUCGAGCAGCUCAACGGCUUCGAGCUGGCCGGCCGGCCGAUGAAGGUCGGCAACGUCACCGAGCGCCUCGACCUGCAGCAGCAGGGCCCCUCGCUGCUCGACACCGACGAACUGGACCGCUCCGGCAUCGACCUCGGCGCCACCGGCCGCCUCCAGCUGAUGUUCAAGCUGGCGGAGGGGGCGGGCAUGCAGGUGCCGCAGGCGGCGGCGAACGCGCUGAGCAUGGCCACCGGGCAGCCGGUGGUGCCGCAGGUGCAGCAGCACAGCGCGCCGCCGAUAGCGACGCAGUGUUUCAUGUUGAGCAACAUGUUCGAUCCCGCCACGGAAUCCAACCCUUCCUGGGACACCGAGAUCCGCGACGACGUGAUCGAGGAGUGCAACAAACAUGGCGGCGUGUUCCACGUGUACGUGGACAAGGGCUCGCCGCAGGGUAACGUGUACGUCAAGUGCCCCUCCAUAGCCACGGCGGUGGCGUCGGUGAACACGCUGCACGGCCGGUGGUUCGCCGGCAGGGUCAUCACGGCCGCCUAUGUGCCGCUGCUCAACUACCAUUCGCUGUUUCCGGAUGCGAUGGUGACGACGCAGCUGUUGCUGCCCACCGGGCGAAAGUAGGGUUAGGAGCGACCGGCAUGCGGGCUGUUUUGUAUUGUAUCAAUAUUGGAAGUGUAGAUAAUAUUAUAUUUUAUUAAGUAUUCUAUUAUUACUUAGUCUUGUUAGGUUUAAGUGUUGUAAUAUAUUUCUUUCUAAGGAUUUG